CAACAUCCCUCUAACCGAAUAAGAAGUGGGUAAAAUCGAGAAACAUAAUUCCAAUUAGAUUAAAGUUAGCACUAACAAAAACAGUGAAGGGGGAGCUCAACUUUCCCAGCACAGCCAUGGCGAUUGUUCUCUCGAUUCAACACCUUCCUAAAAUGACCCUAAAUCCCAUCGCUGUCCUCAACGAACCUCGCAAAACGAGAGUUCCCUAUGAGCUGAAACAAGGGCAGUCACGUGUUUUCCAUCAGCUCCCCUCUGGUUUAAACAUGGAGGUUAUCGUUCAAAAGAGUGUCAAAGAGAAAAACCCAGAGUCGAGAAAGGAUCCACCUCUGGUUUUCGUUCAUGGAAGUUACCAUUCAGCUUGGUGUUGGGCUGAACAUUGGUUGCCUUUUUUCUCAAAUUCUGGGUUUGAUUGCUUUGCCCUUAGCUUGCUUGGUCAGGGUGAAAGCGAUACGCCUUCCGGUACUGUUGCUGGUUCUCUUCAGACACAUGCAGGUGAUGUUGCGGAUUUUAUCAAGAGGAACCUCAGCUUGCCACCGGUUUUACUCGGACAUUCAUUUGGGGGCCUUAUUAUCCAGUAUUACCUUGCAAAUAUGAGAAAUGAACUACAUUAUGAAAUGCAAAAUUUGUACCCCAAACUUACAGGUGCUGCGUUAAUCUGCUCUGUUCCUCCUUCGGGUAAUAGUGGCUUGGUGUGGCGCUAUCUCUUUUCCAAACCCAUUGCCGCUUUUAAGGUGACUCGUAGCCUAGCUGCUAAAGCUUUUCAAACUUCACUGUCCCUUUGUAGGGAGACCUUCUUCUCAGCUACAAUGGAGGAUAAUUUGGUGCUACGUUAUCAGGAGCUAAUGAAAGAAAGCUCGAGGGUGCCAUUGUUUGAUCUACGGAAGUUGAAUGAGUCACUUCCCGUGCCUAAAAUGACUGCCUGUUCAACUGAAAUUCUUGUGUUGGGUGCAAAAGAUGACUUCAUUGUGGACGCGGAAGGACUCAAUGAGACGGGGAGAUUUUACAACGUGACACCGAUAUGUAUCGAAGGAGUUGCGCAUGACAUGAUGUUGGAUUGUUCGUGGGGGGAAGGUGCUAAUGUCAUACUAUCAUGGCUAAACGGUUUGAACAGAUAACAAUCUAAAAUAUCCGAAUUUGUAUUAUCCAUUCUCAAUCACCAAGUUUUCUUUUCUUUCUUGGAGUUUGGUCAUUGUUAGGGUAUAUUCAAAUUUUAUGUUAGACAAUAUUAGGGUUCAUUUCAGGCAUUUCUUUUUUUAUUCUUUUUGAAAGAUUUUAUGCAUAUAUUUAUUUGAGCAGCAAAAAGAAAAUGCCUUUUUAUAGCUAA